AUGGCGAAGGAGCUUGGUCUUAUUUCUAAUCUCAAAUCAUACCCGCCGGCGGUAUUUUUGAUGCUUGGGAAUGAAUUCUGUGAGCGAUUCUCGUUUUAUGGAAUGAAGGCCAUUCUCACUCUAUACUUUAUCUAUGAACACGGUUACACUGAGAGGUACUCUGUACUGGCGCAUAUUAUUAUAUGUAGUGAUGAAACACAUGAAGAAAAGUUGGAAAUGAAGGGUCAAACUGUUGUGCUUCCUCUCGAAAGCAUAAAACACCAGAGACAACCAAUUGGAGAGUCAAAAGAUUGUGAUUUGCAAAUUUUAUUCGAAAAGAAUAGUGUAUGGCUACCUUCUAGCAUAAUCAAAUAUCGAGCGAGAGCGAACUCGUUAACAGUUGGCUCUCAUGCAACGCGCGCCACGCUUCACAUAUCCCAAGUGGCCGUCAUGGUGUCUUACCUCAAAGCGCUCAGGUGCUUAGAAAGGUUAUCCUCUAUGGUUCAUCUAUCUAUGUUCUCGGACACGUAUUGUUAUCUUUUGGAGCUGUGCCAACUAUGGGAUUGUUUCUCCGAGGAGCAACAAAAUCUCCGUUCACAAUUCUUUUCCUUCUUCUACUUUGCUAUCAAUGGCGGCUCAUUAUUCGCCAUUAUCCUCACCCCAAUUCUUCGUGGCCGAUUCUCCGAGGAGCAACAGAAUCUGCGCUCACAAUUCUUUUCCUUCUUCUACUUUGCUAUCAAUGGCGGUUCAUUGUUUGCCAUUAUCCUCACGCCAAUUCUUCGUGGGCGAACGGGAAGUAAGUACGAGUACGAUAACGACGAUUAA